GCCAGCUAGCGGAAAAUGGCCGCUGCGGAGAGGGGCGGAGAGCGCGCAGCGGCCGCCGCCGGGCGCCUUGAACUUGGAGCCCGGCGGGCGGCCGCGCCGGGCGCCGCGCGGGGGCCGCCACCCGGCCUGCUCCUGCGGUGCUCGAGCCCCGCCCCCGGGCCGACCCCGGCCCCUCCACGGCGCGCGCCGGGUCCCAGCCGGGAGGGGUCGCCGGGUCUCGGCCCGGCGCGCCCCAGGCCCGCCAGCGUCGGUGGCUGCGCUCGAGGGUUCCGGUGUCCAGUCCGAGGGCGUCGGGGGCAAUCCGGCGCUCGAGGGGAUGAGUUCCACCCGUUCAUCGAGGCGCUGCUGCCUCACGUCCGCGCCUUCGCCUACACCUGGUUCAACCUGCAGGCGCGGAAGCGUAAGUAUUUCAAGAAGCACGAGAAGCGGAUGUCGAAGGACGAGGAGCGCGCGGUGAAGGACGAGCUGCUGGGCGAGAAGGCCGAGGUGAAGCAGAAGUGGGCGUCCCGGCUGCUGGCCAAGCUGCGCAAAGACAUCCGGCCCGAGUGCCGCGAGGACUUCGUGCUGGCCAUCACCGGCAAGAAGGCGCCGGGCUGCGUGCUCUCCAACCCCGACCAGAAGGGCAAGAUGCGCCGCAUCGACUGCCUGCGCCAGGCCGACAAGGUGUGGCGGCUGGACCUGGUCAUGGUCAUCCUCUUCAAGGGCAUCCCGCUGGAGAGCACCGACGGCGAGCGCCUGGUCAAGGCGGCGCAGUGCGGCCACCCGGUGCUCUGCGUGCAGCCGCAUCACAUCGGCGUGGCGGUCAAGGAGCUCGACCUCUACCUGGCCUACUUCGUGCGCGAGCGAGACGCGGAGCAGAGCGGUAGUCCCCGGGCAGGGAUGGGCUCCGACCAGGAGGACAGCAAGCCCAUCACGCUGGACACGACCGACUUCCAGGAGAGCUUUGUCACCUCCGGCGUGUUCAGCGUCACCGAGCUCAUCCAGGUGUCCCGGACACCCGUGGUGACUGGAACAGGACCCAACUUCUCCCUGGGGGAGCUGCAGGGGCACCUGGCAUACGACCUGAAUCCAGCCAGCACAGGCAUGAGGAGAACGCUACCGAGCACUUCCUCCAGCGGGAGCAAGCGGCACAAGUCGGGCUCGAUGGAGGAAGACGUGGACACGAGCCCCGGCGGCGAUUACUACACCUCGCCCAGCUCUCCCACGAGUAGCAGCCGCAACUGGACGGAGGACAUGGAAGGAGGCAUCUCGUCCCCGGUGAAGAAAACAGAGAUGGACAAGUCACCUUUCCACAGCCCGUCUCCCCAGGACUCCCCCCGCCUCUCCAGCUUCACCCAGCACCACCGGCCUGUCAUUGCCGUGCACAGCGGGAUCGCCCGGAGCCCUCACCCCACCUCGGCCCUGCACUUCCCCACGACCUCCAUUCUGCCCCAGACGGCCUCCGCCUACUUCCCGCACACGGCCAUCCGCUACCCAGCUCACCUCAACCCCCAGGACCCGCUCAAAGAUCUCGUGUCGCUGGCCUGCGACCCAGCCAGCCAGCAACCUGGACCGUUAAAUGGAAGUGGUCAGCUCAAAAUGUCCAGUCACUGCCUUUCUGCUCAGAUGCUGGCGCCCCCGCCCCCUGGGCUGCCGCGGCUGGCGCUCCCCCCUGCCACCAAACCCACCUCCGAGGGAGGAAGCACGUCGCCGACCUCGCCCUUCCUGGUAUCUGGGAUAAGAAAGAUUUCUUCCCACGCCCUGCUCCUUCGUCGCGGGAAUCCCAGGGGGCCGCACAGCCGGCCCCUGGCCCACGUUUUCAGUGGAAAGUUACAGCAAGCAAGAACACCCCGCCGACUCCCAGCCUGGCCGAAAAGACAAAACAGACACAUACGUACACACAGGAGGAAAACAAGCAAAAAGAAAAAAAAAGGCAAAAAAAAAAAAAAAAAAAAAGACAAACGGAAAAAAAAAAAAAAACAAAACAUAAAAAUCAACCCACCCAGCCAAGAAGACAAAAGGUGAAGACAGCAACCGUUCAGACUCUCGGGACGCCGCCGCCGGACCAGAGGGCCAGGCCCAGCCACCGCUCGGAGGUCGGGGCGUCUUCCUAAGUUAUUCAUCUCCUCUGGCUGCCUGCUCCGGAAGGUCGGGCGCCCGCUCCCCGCCUCCGCCCAGGACCAGGUGAGCGCGGCCUGGUGCCCCUGCCCAGGCCCCACGGGGCAGGACACCCAGCCAGGCCACCUCUGCCCGAUGCGGGCCAGGCCUCCGCCGCGUGGGGACGCAGGCGCUGUGGGGACGGCGGGGGGGGCCGGCGAGGACCCCAGCCGCGGGCAGCAGAGGCCGCCCUGGAGGCCUGGGCGGGCAGGGAAGCGACAAGGGCAGAAGAGGGUUGUGGGGAGACCCUGCGUGUCUCCGGGGGACUGGGACGCGCGGCAGAAACUUUCUCCGGAGCGUCCUGCCCCGACGCGUGCACGCGCCCGGCUGGGCUCGCUGGGGACUUGGUCUUUCAGCCCCAGGCCUGCCCUGUUUGGGAGGAGAAGUCUCUAUGCAAUUGACCCCCAGCUCCACCCCUCGGCAUUGGAGGCCACCCCACCCCGCACCCCGCCGGCCCUGCUCCACACGCCCCCGGGGAGGGAUCCACAUUGCACACACUGUAAGAAAUGCACUUUCCGAGGAAGGGGCUGGGGCGCGUGGAGAGACCCAGAGCUCCCCGGGAGGGGACACCUGUCUGGAGCCUCCAUCCACCCAAGCCCUGGGAGGGGAGCCCCCCCACCCCCGCCGCCACGUAGCCCACGGAGGUGGGAGGUGAGAGCGAGUGGUUUAAGUGCCUGAUUCCCACCGCCCGCCCCCCUUUGUCCAGCUGGGAUGCGAAAUGGCCGGGGGCCCCUUCCAUUCCCUCCCACAGCCCGGCUGCCUCCAGUCACUGACCCUCAUUGCUGUGCCCCCCUCAGAGCUAGAGAGAUGGGACUCCCCCCCUCCCCACCCCACCCACGGUCGGCCCAAGGGGCAGAGCUGGGCGUCCCUCAAGCCCUGCUGCGCUCGGGCACAGGGGUGGGAUCUGGGGAGCCAGCGGGCCCUCCCUCGCCUCCUCUGCCAGUGCCUUACAUCCUGGAGCGACACCCCCUCCCUGGUGCCUCCCGGCCCAAAGGGGGACCACGGUUUGCACUUUCAACUUCCCCCCGCCGAAGUGGGGCGCAGCCAGGGAGGUGCAUUGUGGCUGGGCCCCCACAAGGAAAGCAGGCCGGUCACUGUAGUCCACGUAGGCCUGGAUGGGGUCGGGGGGGGGGGUUCUGGCCAGGGGAGGGAGGGGCCGGCGCCUAGGGGGGUCCCCUGUAGCCAUGUAGGGGACCCCCCCCAUCCGCUAAACGUUUUCCGUUGAGCCGCUCCAAAAACACUAAGCUGGGGACACCGGGUGCCCCCCAGCCCCGGCUCCCUGGUCCCACCCCACCUCCAGCCCGGGAUGGCCAUCUUGGGUGGGGGGCCUGGGAGGGGGUGUUAGGUGUUCCCGGGUCACCAGGCCCAGACACAGGGGCCCCUCCCAUCCCGUCCCAGGCCCAGCUGGCCUCCUCCAUGCCUGGCCCUGGGGAAAACCUCCCCCACCGCAGCCCCCCACCCCCACCCCCCCGCCUGGGCCAAAGCCAUCGCCCUGGGGAGGGCCUCCACAUCACCUGCUCCCAGCCUGGCCCUUCUCCCCCUCUCCCGUGCCCCAGGCCUGGCCAGCCUCUCCCACCUCCCCAGAAACUGGACUUUCCUCCCAAACCAGCCCAAGGGGCUUGGCAAACCCACUCGAGCAUAGAGAGAAAGACCCGUCCCCACCAACCCCCCUCCCAUCGUCCAGAGGCUUCCAAGAGCCCUUGGUCCGUCCGUCUGUCCCCAGGGCCCCCUCCACCGGGUGGCCGUAGGGGACCAAAGCAUGGGCCGCUCUCCGGGAGGGCAGGAGGGGGUGGGUCGUGCAGUUGGGGUAUCCGGAAGCUUCUCAGCCGGGAACCUUAGGGUGCGGGUAGGCAGGGUAGGGGAGGGGCGCCUGGCACCCCCCAGCUACCUAACUUUGCAUGGUGCUUAGUCGGGGAUUCCUGUGACCUGGCUCCUGAUGUCAGCUCGCUGUGGCUGACACUGCAUGGCAAAUGAUACCUGGCUCUGUCUCCCCCCCCCCGCCCCCUAGCCCCCCCCCACCCUCCAACACUACCCCCCUCCUCUUUAAAAAAAAAAAAAAAAGAUACAAAAAAAAAAACCUUAAAAAAACUCCAUGUUUCCUAAUUUGCACGGAAUUUUCUAUCACAUGAUGUGCCUUGCCUUCCGAAGAUAAGUAUUACCUUUAAACAAUAUCAGCGCACAGAUAGCCGCAUGUUCUGCUCGUGUAGUUAAAAAAAAAAAAAAAAAAAGACAAAACAA